AUGUUGCCUAAGGAUGUGUCACUUCAAAUGGAUUUAGGGAAGCGUGAUCACUUUCAUCACCAGUUUCUGAUGCCGCAUGUAGGACAUCUGACUAAACUAUUUGACGCUAAUCAUUCUUCUGUGGUUGCUGAAUACGUUGCCACUUCUCGAUCCAAUCUAAUUGCACCUAAAACUGAUCUGCUUGACUCGGACCUACAGACCUCUUCAUUUAAGUCAUUACAGUUAACUGCCGAUUUAACCCAUGAAUCAGCUGACAAAGGCCUUGCAGAGGAUGUUCAGCCUAUUUUGUCUCCUGCAGCCGGUUCUAGAAGUUGUUGCCAAUCCAGGUGUGCUGCGCACCAUCAUUGUCGUGAAGCUUGCACACAGUGGAUUGAUGGCCUUCGAAUCUCCUCUUCCUGCAUCUGCCCUAUUGCUUGCUUCAUUGGGAAGAAAGGGCAGCUGACGACUCAACCGCCAUCUCAGUUGUCGCCACCUAUUACUGCUGAUCCAUGCAGGCAGCGGGGAAUCUGGCUGUUUGGUAGGCCUGCCUCUGAACAUCAGGCGGCUUUGGUUGUUCAUAGACUUCAGCAGGCCGGCUUUAUGGUGAUCCAAUGGGACCAGCUAGCUUCGAUGAGGCGUAGUAGGCCUAGACUAUUUGAGCGCAAGUCUUUCUUUACAUCAGAUUCACUCAUCUCUUCUACAGCCUUCUCCUCCUCUUCUUCUUCAUUUUCCUCUUGCUCCUCUGCUUCGGAUCCAAGCUUUAGACUUCAGACUAGUUCUCUUUGUCUGCCGUCUUAUCACCUCGGCAAAAUAGAUCAAAGAAUUCAUUCGGCUAAAAAUAAGUCGUUGACAUUUUCAGAACCUGCCUUGAUAGGCCUUCGAUUUAGUGAUGAAGGUAGUUUGUCUCUAAAAGGUGAGGAAAACUUAACCAAAAAUCCUAAUCUUUCUCAUUCGCAUUUCGAACGGUUUGUGACCUUGCGAACUGAGGAUGAAUUUCGACAAUCUUCUAGUCGAGAUGAUAAGGGUCUUGGUGAAGUGGAGGGGAAAGUUAAGGAUGAAAAUGAUGGAUAUGAAGAUGAUUCCUAUGUAAAAAUAUACGGAAAAUCUUACAAACACAAUGCAAUUCGCCUGUAUGAUCUUAAAGGAUCAAUUAUGCCUCUUAAUGAAUCUCGGGCUCACCCUCACAGCUGUCUUUCGGCCGCCUCAACUUCCAAGCAAUCAGCACCCCAAUCAGAGAUUUUUAGUGGCUCCUGCUCCCAGCUUGUGAUCUUCUUUAUUUCGUCAGCCUCGUUCGCGUUAAAAUCUCAACUCAUGCAUCUAAAUAGAUUUGUGUGA